UCUACUGAGGAGCGAGUCGUCGCGCGUCUCUUGGACUCAAUCUGUUCCGAUCGGCCGAGUGAUUGGAACAAUUUUCAAGGAUGGCUACUGCCAACGAGCACCAGUCAGAACGUGACACGAUCGAAUCCCUUCACAGGGACAACAUCUUCAAUUUUUUCCGAUCGCACACCGCGUAUGACGUGCUUCCUGAGAGCGGUAAAGUGGUGCUGCUCGAUGCGUCGAUGUCAGCGUUCGGAGCAUUUCACGUAAUGGCCGCUAACGAGCAGACAGCAGUUCCUGUAUGGGAUGGACGAUCAGAUCGAUACAUGGGUAUGCUCACUGUGUCGGACCUCUUGGAAAUGCUCCUGUUUUGUACUUCAUCAGAAAAUAACUUCAAAGAUUCGCUGCGAUCGAUUGAUCUUGCAUAUUGGUUGAGUAACUCCGAAAGACCGUCUGGUUGUCCCGAGAGCAGCGUUGAGGUGAAACCGGACGAUGACUUGCUGUGUGUCCUGCGCACUCUUCUUAGAAACGACUGUCGAGUGUUGCCAGUUCUGGAACGAGAGGGGAAUACUCCACUUUUAAAUCAAUGCAUAAUUGGACAGAUCACGUAUCUGUUAUUGUUCCGAUUUUUGUACUAUCACCAGGAACAAGAUUUAGGAACUUUGAAAGGAACUCUCCGAGAAGCGGGGAUUGGAACGAUGGAAGCGUCUAAAGUGAUUAAGGUCCAUCCGAACGAGCCCGUCAAAGACGUUUUGAAAUUGAUGAGUGAAAAUGGAAUCUCGGGGGUCCCUGUGGUGGAUGCUAAUGGGAAGUUUAUGGACAUGUUUUCAGACGCCGAUAUCCUGGGCCUAACGGAGCUGGACUUGAAUGUACCUGUGGAGCAUGCUCUGCAGCGGGCGGAGAAUGGUGAAAGCAAACCGAAGCACUGCCUCAUCACCGACCCACUGUCCAAGGUCAUCUCUUGCUUUUCAAUCGCACGAACCACCAGACUGGCAUGUCUGGAUGAGAAGGGCUCCCUUCAGGGUGUUGUCACUCUCGUAGAUCUGUUCAAGUUCCUUGCGGGGAUGUCAUGAAACUUCGAUUCUUCAUUGCACAACAACAAAAUGUGAUGGACUUCC